UGUAUUUUAUUUCCAGCAGAUGGACACACAAGCAGGAAUAUCUCAGAAGGACAUCUAAUGUUAUCCCCGGAUUGUGACAUAAAAGAUAAUGACAGUAGACAGGAUUCUCCAGGAGAUAACCCCAUUACCCCAAUUAUACAUCCAGCUCUAUCAGCUGAUCCCUCUGAUCCUGGGAAAUGUUCUCCUGAUCACUCUGAUAUUGGUGCAUCUGUUACAGCUCUGACAGUAGAUACAGUGUUUCCGUGUUCUAUAGAUGCCAAAUGUUUUACACAGAACACAAAGCCUGUUAACCCACAGACAGGUAAGGUAGGUGAAAGGCCACUGAUAUGUUCUGAGUGUGGGAAAUGUUUUACGCACAAAUCACAUUUUGUUAUACAUCAGAGAAAUCACACAGGUGAGAAGCCAUUUUCUUGCUCUGAGUGUGGGAAAUGUUUUGCACGGAAAUCAGAUCUUGUUACACAUCAGAGAAGUCACACAGGUGAGAAGCCAUUUUCUUGCUCUGAGUGUGGGAUAUGUUUUGCACGACAAUCACUUCUUGUUAUACAUCACAUAAGUCACACAGGUGAGAAGCCAUUUUCUUGCUCUGAGUGUGGGAUAUGUUUUACCCGGAAAUCCCAACUUGUUACACAUCAGCGAAGUCACACAGGUGAGAAGACAUUUCCAUGUUCUGAGUGUGGGAAAUGUUUUGCACAGAAAUCAGAUCUUCUUAGACAUCAGAGAAGUCACACAGGUGAGAAGCCAUUUCCAUGUUCUAAGUGUGGGAAAUGUUUUGCACGGCAAUCAAUUCUUGUUAUACAUCACAGAAGUCACACAGGUGAGAAGCCAUUUUCUUGCUCUGAGUGUGGGAAAUGUUUUGCACACAAAUCGUAUCUUGUUAUACAUCAGAGAAGUCACACAGGUGAGAAGCCAUUUUCUUGCUCUGAGUGUGGGAAAUGUUUUGCACGGAAAUCACAUCUUGUUAUACAUCAGAGAAGUCACACAGGUGAGAAGCCAUUUCCAUGUUCUGAGUGUGGGAAAUGUUUUGCACACAAAUCAGAUCUUCUUAGACAUCAGAGAAAUCACACAGGUGUGAAUCCAUUUUCAUGUUCUAAGUGUGGGAAAUGUUUUGCCCGGAAAUCACAACUUGUUACACAUCAGCGAAGUCACACAGGUGAGAAGACAUUUUCUUGCUCUGAGUGUGGGAAAUGUUCUACGCACAAAUCACAUUUUGUUAGCAGUAGUGGGGGAGACAGGACGAUGGCAGUAGUGGGGGAGAGUCAGGCAGAAUUGCAGUAGUGGGGGGAGAGAGGGUGGUGGCAGUAGUUUAAGGAGAGUUGUGGCAGUAG